AUUCUCUUUUCUAUGAUUUUUCAUUCGUUGUACACCAGCUUGCUGUUAUUUAAAAUGAUUUAAUAUAGAUUUUUUUACAAAAUUCAAGCAUUUAAAAAAAUAAUAGUUACUAUACUAGCUUUUAGAAACAUUAUGAUUUUUAUUUAAAUAAAUGUGAGUUAUAAUAAUUUAAUUAAACAUAUUUUUUAAUUUUAAAUUGUUAUAAAGGAAUUCAAAAGUAUUUUUAUCAGACUAGAUGUAUUUUUAAUAAAUUAACAUAAUCAUACAGUUAAAAGUAAUACAACUGAAUAAGUUUAAUUCAAAAUUAUAAAACUUCCCAACAUGUCAAAUGUUAAGUCAUAUCUGUGCGAUUUAAUUAACAAUCUAAGAAAUAGUGAAAACAAUGUUAACCUUGAUGCAGCUCAUCGAAAUCUAUCAAAAAUUAAAGAUUAUUUUUAUGGAGAUAUUACAUCUAUAGAAGCCGAAUUUACUCUUAAAAUAUUGUUUGCUGAUCAUGAAGGAAUCGUAGAUUAUGCAAAAGAACUAAUAAAGCUUAAUUCAACUGCAGUUUCUAAGAUUAUAACAGACAUCUUAUUUAUAUUUCUUCAGUUACUUGAAUCAUUUCGUUCAAGUAUGACUCAUUACGUCACUCAAAUUAUGGAUUUGUGCACACUUUGCAAUGUAGCUCCUAACUCUAAUGUAGACAUCAGUAUCAAAACAUACCAAGUCUAUGAAAAAUUGUUGGAAUUUAAUAACUUAAGUGAACAAAUUGACAUACCACAAAUUAUAGGCCAUCUAGACUAUGUGCUUUCUUCAAAAAAAGUGUUGCCAACAAAACGGCAACAUUUGUACAGUCUUUUCGGAGUAAUUGCGAAACAUCAUCCUAUACAUUUAAUAAACUACAAAGACAAACUCGUGAACUUGUUUUUUAAUGAACUUCAAAUUCAGGCCGAUGCCUGUGCAGAUAAUAAAAAAUCAAGGACUUUUCUUGCACCUGUAGCUAUAGGGUGUUUAUGUGGUCUGACAGGAUUUUUAACUAAUUUUUCGGACUGUUUAGAAAUUAAUGAUAACAGUUUAAAACUGUAUAAAAUGUUAAAAAUUCUCAUUGGUACAGUAGAAGAUAAAAAAAAACAUGUUGUAAACCGAAGUGCUUUAAAUUUGUUUCAAAAGCAUAUAGAACUAUUUUUAAACAUAGUUUUUAAAAGUUCUGAUGAAAUUGUAUGGUUUCAAAAAAAACUUUGGGACUGGUGCACUUUAUCUAAUGUAGAAGAUAAAAAAAUUGGCUUGUCAACAUUUGAAUUUUUUUACAAAGGAGCUUCAAGAGAAUUGCAAAAUAACUAUUAUUUAUUUCAACCAGAACUAAAGCUUAUACAACAAAAUAAUGUUCAAAUUAUGAUCCAUUUUCUGAAAUCAAAAAUGUGUGAUUCAAAAUCUAGUUUUCAAAUUCAAGCAGCAAUUAUAAGAAGUAUUGGUUGGCUAUCUGAACCAUACAAUAAUCUUUUAGGUCAAAAUCAUUUAAAAGAAUUAUUUAUUACUCUCAUUAUGAAAGCUGAAGAAAAAUAUCUGAGUUCUAAAUUUGAAGAACAGAAUAAAGAUCAUUUUGCAGCGUGCUAUUUAAAUUCUUUAAGUUUAUUUAUGAAAAAUAUAAAUUACUUAAGCUGUGAUCAGCUUUCAAUAAUACAAAAGUUGAGCAUUUAUUGCUUUGAUGAUUUUGCAUCAACGCAUUCUCAUUCUGAUUUACAAGAUAGUAUAAAAAGUGCUAUAAUUAUAUCAAUUUAUUGUUUGGCAUUAAGUCACAAAAACAUUUUAGAAUCGUACUUGAAUCAGCUAUUUUACAUGGCUUUAAUUAAGUCGUGUUCGCAUCGUGCAGUUGUGGAUGCUGAGUUUAUAAAGGACUGUUCGGGUCACACAAUCAUUACAUUUACUAACUAUGUUCCUAUUUGGAUUUCUUUGUUAAAAGCUGAUCAAUGCAGUAUAUAUGACUUUGAUCUAAAAAUUCCACUACAUGUAAAAAGGUCAUUAUCAGCGACGUUGUUACAAGUUUUCAUGUCUAACAUCUUGAAAGUAGUAGCAAAAUUAGAUUUACGAAUAAAUAAAACAACUGAAUUGGAUAAAGAGACUGCUUUUAAUCCUUCAGACUACACAGCGUUGCUUAAUCUUGUGCAGUUAUUUAAUGAUAUAAUGCUGAGUUUAGAUUCUGAUACUGAAACUAUUUCAACUUGGUUACCACACACUCUGACUGUUUUAAUAGAGCGCUCGAUGGAAUUACCAACUGCUAGUUCAUUGUAUAAGCUAUUAACUGUUAUAUUUAAAGUUAUAAAUGGGGAUUCAUCAUUAAAAGACAAUAAUUUUACUGUCAAAAAAAUAAUUGUAGAAUAUGUAAAUGGCACAAUGAUAGAAGUACAUAAAUUUAAGGGUGAUCUACAAUUUGCUUGUCUGGAAAUGUUUAUGUCUCUACCUCCAUUGCUAAUUAAAGAAAUGGAUAACAACCAAAUUAUGGAUAUAAUGAAGCUAACAUUUACAGUAGGCGCAUCUUAUUUACCUUUGGCAAAACAUGCAGUUAGUGCGCUUCAAAGAUGGCAAUUAGGUUUAUCUAAAAAUGAAAUUGAUCCAAUAUUAAAAUAUUGCAUGCCUUAUAUUGAUUUGCUUUUGAGGACAAAAGGAUAUGAAAACGAAGCAGAAUUAGAUAGUAAUGUUAUAGAUGAAAUUAAAAUCCAAACAUUAAAAAAAAGAAAAUUGAUUAAAAGAAAUAAACUCAUAAUGAAACCAGAAACUGAAUUAGAAAUAGUUCAAAACCAAAUCCUAGAAUUCUUAGCUCAUUUGGAUAUUACUACGUGCUUAAAUCUUUUAGAAAAGUCUGAGAAUGAAGGCUUUUAUCCUAAAGAUAUUAUUAACUAUAAAUUGUCAUUUAGUGAUUGUAAAAUAAAUAUUUCUUUUGACAAUAUGCUUCCAAGAAUUUUAGAGUUGUCACAAGGUUGUAGCAAUCGCCAAACUAGAGUUAUUGCUUGUGAAAUUUUUCAUGCUUAUGUUACGUUAUACCUAGGACUGAAUUUACAAUUGGAACCGUUAAAACCAACAGAAAUGAAAAUUAUUACAAGAAAAAUUAUUCCUAUAAUUCUAAAAUUGGCUUGUGAUGUUGACAAUUUAGUUAAACAUUUGUUUGAACCACUAGCAUUUGGAAUAGUUCACUAUUUUUCAAGCAAAAUUCAAACUAGAAGUAUCUAUACUCCAAUUCUCAUUGAUAUACUAAUGGACAGUAUAUGUGAUGACAGCAAUCCUGCAAUCAGAGAUUUUUCGGCAAAAUGUAUUAAAGAGUUUAUACAAUGGACAUUGAAACAAAAUGAUACAAAUAGUAAAUUGCCUUACAAUAUAAAUUUGAUCUUAAUGAAGAUAAAACAGUUUUGUAUGAGCACUGAUCCUUACAAACAAUUAGGGUCUGCUAUUGCUUUUAACUCAUGCUACACUAUUUUAAGAAAAGACGAAACUAUUAUAAAUGAAAUAUGGAUUCCACUGUUAUUCUGUUUUGUACUUAUUCUUGAUUCUAACAAUGCUAUAUUAUCUAAGGAAGAUGUUAUUCAAUCAUUAGAUCAUUUGGAGAAAGUAUUUUUGGAAAAAUCAGACAUUUUUAAUGAAUCAUGUUUGACCCGAAUUGCGCCCCAAGAGAUGUCUGGCUCUCAAUUAAUUAAUAUAGUUGAAUGGCUUUACAAAUAUUCAAGUUCACCAAUUACUGCAUGUAGACAAAGAUGCUUUAAAAUGGCAAAAUUACUUGCAGAGAAAGUUAAGGGUCAUACGUCAUUAAAAACCAUCCUUGAUUUAUUUUUACCCGAAAAUGUAAAAUUAAUUGACAGUAUAGAACGUAACUUAAAAAUAGUUAAUACAUUAAUUAAAAAAAGUGAUGCGACUUCUGAAGAAAUUUCAUUUAUGUUAAUUGAUUGGUUGGAACAAUUAAUUGCUUCCCUGGAAUGUUACACCCUACUUUUUCAAGAUAAUAUACUGGAUAUUAACUUGAUUUCAAACUCUAACCACACCAGUUUGUUCCACUCAAUUGAUUAUUUUUCAAGUUAUGUUGAGGAAUUUAGCUUAAAGCAAUGGUUGGAAAAUGCAAGAAUACAAUUUAAAUACGAUUCUAAGCAUUCUGUUAUAUUAUCUAAUAAAUUUAACUCAUUAAAAAAUAAUGUCAUUAUUGCAUUAUUUUACUUUGUAUGUUCAUUAGAUAAUCAUUACGAACAAAUAUUAAGUGAAGCAAGUAUUCAACAACUUUAUAGUAUUACAAUCAAGUUUAUUUUUGGUUCUAAUGUCAUUGAUUAUAUAGAAAAAUCAAAUUUAACUAAAUACUCUUUUGUUUAUUAUAUCCGUAUGGUUAUUAAAUCACAAGGUUUCAUUAAUAAGCUUCAACAGUUUUUUGUGAAAGAAUGGUCAAGUAUUAUAGAAAAUCUAAAUUCAUUGUCUGAACAUAAUCUACCAAUUAAGUUUAUUCGAGGGAUCAGAUUACUUGACAAGUGUGAAGUCUUUUCAAUUGAGGCAUUCUGCAGUAUUGAAGAUCAAAAACAGAUUCAAUCUUUACUGUUUCAAAAUAUUUGUCAUUACGGAAUUGCAGUUAAGUUCCAACCUAUUAUACUUUCAUUUGUUGAAGAUCUUAUGGAUUUAUCAUUUAAAGUCAAUUGUGAGAUUGAGAAGUUGAUAGAACAAAUUACAGACCCACGUGAGAUAACUGAGCCGGAUACAAACAGUAAAUUACAUUAUGGACAAUAUUUCUUUCAAGUUUUCAAAAAACCAUUAACUAAACAUAUUUUAAAAACAUUUCCUGAUAAAUUUAUUUAUGAAAUAUUUGUUCAAAGCACAAUAAAAACAUAUAAAAUACUGUAUAUUAUUGUGAAUUUACUUAAAGAAGCCAAAAGUAAUCAACUCAAUGCCCAAUCAUUGAUAGAAAAAGUGAUUAACAAUGAAAAAUAUUGGUUGCAAUUAAAAGACCAAUUAUCCUGGGAUGAAAUUUUUGAGUUAGUACAGUUGUCAUCACUAUUAGUAGACAAUUUUAGAAAUGAAAAAUUUGCCUUUUUCCAAAAUUGGGUAUGUGAACAAAUUACUAACAAUAAAUUGAAUGUAUACCAAAAGUGCCAGUUGCUUGGACUGCUACCACAGCUUGUAUCUAAACAAACAUGUAUUAUAGAACCUUUCGAUAAUGUCAUCAGAAAAUGUUUAAUGAAUUUUCGAGAUAAUGUUUUUCCUAUGACUUCAACAACUAAACUACAAAAAGAAGAUAAUAUAAAAUUGGUAUUCAACAAAAUUUUGAUAGCGAUGGAGCUAUGUUCAUCUUGUCUGUUGUUUGAAAUAAUUGUCGAAUGGUGUAUAAAAGACCCUAAACACCCUUGUGUUAAUUGUGUAAAGAAAUACUUGCAACUUUUUUUUAAAAGGUUAAACAAGGAAAAUCAGGUUUAUUGUUGUACCUUUAUAUAUAAUAAGUUUAUAUCUGAAUAUCUAUCAGAAGAUCGAAGACAUAUGGUUGCUGACAUCUUUUUGAUUCCGUUAAUAACUUAUUGCAAAAAAGACGCGGCUUUACAUAUGUAUUCUAUUAUGAUGGAAUUUAUUUUAAAAACUAAUAAUGAAAAUCUGUUGGCCAAUUGUAGUGGAAAAGCUCGGAAUUUAUUGAUAUCAAAAAUUACAUGCUUUAAACUUGUUGAAGAAAUGUUUAGAUUUUUCAGUACUACUGAAAUUAAUUGCCCCACAAUAAUACCAUAUUCAUUAACUCAAACUCAAUCUAAAUCGUUAUUAAUUCAUUUUAGAAACUCUGCUGUAAAACUUAGAAACAUUGCUGUACAAUAUACCAGUGAAUCACGUGAAAUACAUUUAUUAAGAUUAUUGCAUUGUAAUGCUUACAACAUGCUUGUUACCAUUAUAAGUAAUACAGCUGGUAAUGAUGUACAUGUUUUUUCCAUGUUUUUAUUCUAUGAGCAUUUACCGAAAACAUGUAUAUGGAAACAUCUUUUAGAUAAUGAUAAGCAUUAUGAAAUACCAAUAGAUUUUGAAAUGUUGCCACAACGAAGAAAAAUACUGAUAAAUAUUCAAAGAAAAAUGAAUAAAAACAAUAGUUCAGAAAAUUAUAUUAAUUUUCAAACUUAUUUAAGGAGUUCUUUGGCAGAUGAGUUUGAUUUUAAUAAUGUUUCAUUAAGAUCUAGUUUAUCAUUAGAUGAUGAUUUAUACCAUUCAAAUUCUCAAUUGUUCAGUCAACCUGUAAGUGUUGAGUUAGAGUUAGAUGAUUUUAAUAACCACGAAUGCAUGGCUCACUUAUGUGCUGUUAUAGCACACAUGGCUUCGGUAACUGAUCAUGGCACAGAAUCUUGUACUGAUAUGCCAGAAUGGAUGAAUUAUUUGAAAUUGUCAUUUUGUCAGGACUCUUCAAAAGAUAAAAAUUUUAAAAUGUUUUUAAUGAAAUUAAUUGUUAACUGUGAAUCGUAUUUUGAGCCAUAUGCUAAACAAUGGCUUAGUCCUAUUAUGAAAUUUAUUUUGGAAAAACAACUUGGAAAUAGUAUGAAUUACUUUUUGGCAGAUGUGGUUACAAUGUUAGUUUCCUGGAAAACUUCUGCAAUUCCAUCUACUAAUGAAGAAAAAAAUCUUGCAAAAAAAUUAUUGUGUUUUCUCCUGUCCGUAUCUAAAACUGAAGUAAAGAAUGUGUUUAAACAUAAUAUAGAGUUAAUUAAGCUCCUUGUGGAAAAUUGGAAACAAUCUCUGGAAAUGGAAUAUGAUGUUUUGUUACAUUUGAUAAAACCUGAUACAACUAAUAAUAUUUGGUCUGAAUGUGGCUUACACUUGGUAGGAAUAAUAACUGCAAAUGGAAUACUACCUUUUUCUAUACACAACAAUAAAAUUUUUUUUAAUAUAUUACUGGACAAUUUGAAAAAUAACUAUCCAGGGAUUUAUGUAACAUCAUCAGAAUUACUUGGAAUGAUCUUAAAAAUUGUUGAUGAAACCUUAAUUAUUGAAACUGACUUAGUAAAUAAUGUCACUUCAACUAUCAAACUAAAGGAAAAUAGCAACAUUACCAAGAUGUUAUCAUGUCUUUAUUCAAUUCAAAAACAUUAUUCAAAAAUUCUCAUAAGUUACAUGAAUGACUUAUUUAAAAUUUUUAAAAAUUUACAUGGACAUCAUCGUACUCAAUGUUUGGAAAUGUUUUCAAAUGGACUUGAUUUAAUUGAUCGUCCAUUUGAACAAUUAUCACAUCUACACGGAUUUUUUGAUAUAAUAAAAGACAGUGAUUCUGAAGAUCAACUAAUAUGUCUCAAUAUCAUUUUAAAUCUUGUAAAGUCCCUUAAAGCAGAAGAUUUAAUUUUAUUGAUUAAUAGUAUUGUUGAAAUUCCAAAUCAAAAUAAUAGGAAUCAUAGAAAACAGGUUUAUGAAAUUAUGAAAACGGCUCAUAAAAUUCACAUAGGACAUAUGAAUAAUGAGUCAAAACAAAUAACGGAAGUAUGUAAGAAAUGUUUAUUGACUGGAUUAAUGGACAACGAUAAAGAACUACGUAAAGAAGUAUUCAGAUACUGGGCUGAUGAUGAAAAACUGCCUCUCAAAUGCAUUGACCGCUUACUAAAACUAAUGAAUCAAUUAUAUCUACCUAAUACGGAAUCAAAUUUUUUGGGCAAUUUAGUCAGUAUCUUACUAGAGUCAUGUUGUACUGCAUCAGAUUAUGAACAAAAUAUUUUUCAACACCCACUUCAUGUGUGCAAAUUUGAAAACUAUAAGUUCAUUGCUUCGUGGCGUGCCCAGCAUUUAUCUUCAGUUCCCAUAUAUGCAGACACAAUAGCUAGUCAAAUUAAUCAGUCAAAUACACAUGAAUAUUCAACAUCUGUUCAUGGUACAAUGUUCCAAAUAAAAAGAACUAUGACUUUUCAGUUUGAACCAACUGAAUAUGAAUUUUCUUCCAACAACAUGUCUGUUCAAGAUUUAUGUUCUAGUUCAACAUUGAAUAGUACAGAUUCAUCAACGAAUAAUAUUGUUCUAGAAGCCAAUGACCAAAAAAAAGGAACAUCAGAUUUUAUACAAAAACAGCAAAGACGUAUAUUGCAUAGCAAACAAUUGCAAAGCAAAAUACAUGCCAUGAAAAAUAUACAAAUCAACGAAAAUAGAGAUAUUUUUAAAAAAGAAAGGGCCCAAAAGCGCGAAGCAAAUGUUAACAUGUUUCGAGAAUACAGGAUAGGAGAUUUUCCAGAUAUUGAAAUAACAAACUCCUCAAUCAUUAAACCUUUAAUUGAACUAGCCAAAAGAGAUAAUGGAAUAUCUAGAACCGUUUUGUCUUCUAUAAUGUCUGGAUUAAAAGACCAUAUUAUUAAUAAACAUUCUUUUUUUGAAAGUUUAAACAAUUCUUUAGCAAAAAUGGUAAAUGACUGUCAUUAUAACACUUCGUUUGUUGGAUUUAUAUUGGAUACAGCAUUCUGUUACCCAUCGGAAAUACAUAUAAAUAUUUGUAGAGUGACUGAAGCUGCAAUUUCCAGUGGUCUUUUGUCAAUGGGAGCAUUAGUUAUUGAGUCAUCAAUAAAUAGUUUAGAAUCAGAAAAUUUAGAUGUGCAACCAGGAAAAAAGACUAAACCUAAUGAAAAUUUAGAUGAUGCUUGGAUUAAAUUAGCAGAAUUAUACAAAAAUAUUGGUGAAUUAGAUGUAGUUGAAGGUAUAUUUCAAGACAAGAUAAAUAAAAUAUCAUGUGAAUUAUUACAAGAAGGUUUAAAAGCUGAACAGUCUAAAGAUUGGCGUUUGGCUCAAUCUAAAUUUCACUCAGUUAUAGAAAGCUACUCGCAGAAUUCAAUUUUAACUAAUGAUACUUUUUUUUUGUUUGAGGAAUAUUACAAGUGUUCAGAAUAUUUGUCUGACUGGAAAGAAAUAAACAGAGUGUUGAAAUUACAAGCUGGAAAUAAUUAUGAACGAAUCUGGGAUAGUAAUUGGAACAAAAUUCACCUCCUCCCUAGAGUUUUAAAUUCGGAAUUACAUAACAUUUAUGCUAGACAAUCUGAUGGAAAGUUUAUCGAUAUAUUCAAUGAAUGGUUAAGUAAUUUUGAAAAGGAAGAACAUAUACUGACAAAUACAGCACCACAAGCCAGUAUGAUAUAUUUAUGUUGUAAUGAGUUUAAAAAAGCGCAACUUUAUUGUAAACAUCGUAUGCGUAAUUUUCUGCAUGAAUGGGCCAAUAUAGAUCCACAAUAUGACAAACUACGAGCUGAACGGUUAUUAGAUUUGCAAACAGUAUCAGAAAUUUAUUGUUACACAUUGUCAUUAUUGACAAAACCCAUAGACAAUUUAAAAUCUAUCUGUGAUCAAAUAAAAAUGUGGCAAUCUAAACUUCCAGUAAAAUCUGAUUCAAUUAUACUUUGGGAUACUAAAAUACUUUAUAGGUCUUUUUUUCUUUCUAAAAUAAAAGAAAGUAAUAAUAAUUUAUCAAUCGAAGAAAAAACAUCUUUAACUCAACUCAUAAGGGAAUAUGAAAUGCAAUCUACACUAGCAUUUGUUGAAUGUGCUAUAAAUCAAAACAAUUUUUAUGUAGCAAAAAAAUACAUGAACAAACUACAAAAUAAAAAUAAUAUAAACAAUUGGAUGUCAGAUGUAACAUUAUGUCAUAGUAAAGUAUUGUCAAUGUAUACAUGGUAUACUACUAAACCUGAAAAAAAACUUAAAUACUAUAUUGAUUCAUUGUCAGAAUUGGACAAAAUAAAUAAACAACAGUGUUCGCCCAUUUGUUUGAUAAAAAUGCACACACACAUAGCAGAUAUUUCAACAAAUAUACAUACUAUUUUUUAUGAAAGUACAAAUACUGAACAAAUUGACCACAGUUUAAAAAUUCAAGUGAAUCAAAAGCUGAAUAUUAAAUCAGAAAUGAGUGAUCCACAUGGAAUAAUUCAUCAGAUUGAUAGCAAUGUAAUUGAAAACUUAAAAUAUGCCAUAAAUAUUGCUUUAUGUAACAAAGUAUCAAACAAUAUAAUAAUUGAUGCAUACUUGAAGUUAGCUCAACAUUGUUUAAAGGAAUUUGAUACACAAGGAAAUGAUAAAAAUAUACACAAAUUAAGUUUAUUUGUAGAAUCUAUAUUAAAAUCAAUGAAGUAUGGUGGAAAAAAAGCCUGGAUAUUAUUUCCUUUAGUUUUACAGCAAAAUCUCACAAAUAAUACACUAAAGGAAAUAUUCAUUAAAGAAAGUCAAGAUUUACCUGAAUAUAUGUUAUUGGAAUGGAUUGAUCAAAUAUUGGGUUGCUUAGAUUCUCCUCUAAUAAGUGUAUUUGGUACACUUUUAAUUAGUAUUGCUAAAAUAUAUCCUAAAGCUUUACAAUAUCCACUACGAGUUUAUAUGGAAAAAGAUGUGUAUAAAUUUCACGAAACCCAAGAAUUCUUAAAAACCAAACUGUAUCCUUUGGUUUGUGAUAAUAAUCUUGAUUUGUUUAUAAAUGGAAUAAACAAUAUCUGUUGUCCAUUUUCACAACUCUUAGAACACAUAAACUGUAUACAAAAAUCAUUUAGAAUGACAUGCUCAAUUGCAAUUGUAUUUGAAUUCAAACGCAUGUUUAACCAAUGUUUUUUAACUGAUGAAAAUAAAAAUAUUAAAGGAUUAGAGUUCAAAAAAUUGGAUUGCUAUAAAAAUGGAUUACAAUCAAUUCUAGAUCGUCAUUUGAGUUCUAGUAUUGAUCAAAAAACUGCUGUAAAAGAAUUAGAUCUUAUUAAGCACAAUGUAAUGGAAGAAAAAAAAAGAAACUAUAAGAUGUUGUCAAACAAAUUUAUUCAUUACUGCCCUUGGCUUAUGAAAUAUUCAAUGUAUUGUAUUGACAGUAUUGAAGUACCAGGCCAAUAUUCAGGGUUAAAAAUUCCUAACCCUUCUAAGCACAUUACAAUUUCCUCAUUUGAAUCAAAAGUAUUAGUUGUGUACUCAUUACGGCGCCCGAUAAAAAUUACCAUAAUUGGAAGUGAUGGAAUAGAAUAUAGUUUUUUAGUAAAAUCAAAUGAAGAUUUAAGGCAAGAUCAAAGAAUAGAGCAACUGCUUUUAUUGAUGAACAGCAUUUUAUCUGAAGAAGCAUAUUGUAAAAGACAGCUUUCUGUAAUGACAUACACAGUUGUACCAAUUACAAGCAGAUUGGGUAUGAUAGAAUGGAUUGAUGAUACAAUUACAAUUAAAGAUCUCAUCAGCUACUCAAUCACUAAAAAUGAUACAUCUGGAACAACUCAUUUAUUAGAAAACCUUUUUAAUGAACAUUAUUGUUGGUUAUCAAAAAAAACAAACUCAACACAUAGUCCAACUAUUUAUGCACAGGCUACUAUUGAAUAUAAUCACAUCACUACUGUAGCAAUGUUCAAAAAACUCUCUCAAUCAAUUCCAACAGACAUUUUAAGGCUGUCAUUGUUGAGUAUGUGUCACAGUGCUGAAAUGUUUAUUUGCUUUAGAUCAAAAUUCAUAACUAGUUACUCUGUGCUUUCUAUAUGUCAUUGGUUGUUAGGAAUUGGUGAUCGACAUUUAAUGAAUACUAUUGUUUCAAUCAAAACUGGCCAUUGCAUCGGAAUUGACUUUAAUUUUGCAUUCCACACGGCUACCAGUUUGCAAGUUAUUCCAGAACUAAUCCCAUUCAGAAUGACACCUCAUUUAAUUUCUUUAAUGGCACCAUUGAAUGUCACAGGUUUCAUUCGUGAAACGAUGGUGAACUCAUUGACAAUUUUAAUCAACAAUAAAGUAAUUUUACUGUCUGUAAUGCAAGUAUUUAUUAAUGAACCAUCAAUAGACUGGAUAAAAAUUGCCAAAGAAGAAAUAUUGAAAAUCGAUAGCGAUAUUGAUCUAAAAAAUAUUCAAGAAUGGUUUCCAAAAAAGAAAAUUCUUGCAGCCAAAGACAAAAUGGAUGGAAUUAAUCCUAUUGAAAUUCUAAAAAGAGAACUUGAAAGUUCAACAGUUAUAUCUGAAAGCUAUAAAAACGCACUUGAAAUAAUGCUUACAAAAAAUUCAAUCAAUAAUAAUUUUAAAAGAUCCUUAUUAUCUAAGAAGAAUAUUACAAUAAAUCAACAAAUUGAUUGUCUUCUUGAUUUAGCAACUGAUGAACAUAUAUUAGGUAAAGCAUAUGGUGGUCUUGAAUUAUGGAUUUAAUUAAUUAAAUGGUCAUUGAAAAAUUAAGGUAUUUUAUUUUGUAUUUUUAUAAAUGUUUUUUAAGACCAAGUAAUGUUGAAUUGUACUCUUAAAAGAUGUCUUCUUUAAUAUUUAAUGAAAAAUAUAUACUAAAUAACAUGAGUAAUACAUAACAUGAUUAUUAAAACUGUUUUUUCAUCAUAAUU